GUAUUCGUUUGACAUCGCUUGGUUCGCAGUUCACCUAUUCGACAUUUCGCUGCAGUUUGCCAGUUCACGUGUCAUUGUAUAUUUAUUUUUUAUUUACGUAAAAUAUUAAGAUGGAUGUAAAUACUAUGCGUAGUAAAUUCAAAGAUUUAUUUAAUAAGUUGAUUAGUCAAAAACGGAGUGACAAUAAUUCUUAUUUUAGUUUAUCGGAGUAUAGUGAGCAAAUUUCCAAAGUUAAAGAGUCAAAAAAAAUAUUAAGUACUAAGGGAUUGAAAAAAUCAGUAAAAGAUUACAGGAUGGUUCGUAAGUAUGAAAUAUUAAUGGUUAAUGGAAAAGAACGCUUGAUAAAACCAGUAUCAGAAAAUAAUAAUACUAUGCUUUAUUAUGUAUCAAAUGAAGAGCUUUUUGAUAUACUUCAUACUACUCAUUCAUCUAUUGGACAUGGUGGGAGAAAUCGAAUGGUUGCGGAAAUAAAAAAUAAGUAUUGCAAUAUAACUAAGGAAUCAAUUAUGCUAUAUUUACAACUUUGUUCACACUGCCAAAAAAAAUCUACUAAUAGAAAAAGAGGACUGGUUUCCAAACCAAUAUUACACAAUGCUUUUAACUCGAGAGCGCAAGUAGAUUUAAUAGAUAUUCAAUCCCAACAUUUUAACGAUUUUCGGUUUAUUUUUUGUUAUCAAGACCAUUUAACGAAAUUCGUAAUUUUAAGGCCUUUAAAAAGUAAACGUGCAGAGGAGAUUGCAUAUAAUUUACUUGACAUUUACACGACCUUUGGCGCACCAGCUAUUUUGCAGUCAGAUAAUGGCCGUGAAUUCGUAAAUUCGACUAUAACUGAACUGCACAAUAUGUGGGAAGACGUCAAAAUUGUUCAUGGUAAACCGAGGCACAGCCAGAGCCAAGGUUCUGUGGAACGAGCAAAUAGAGAUGUAGAGGAUAUGUUGGCUACAUGGAUGGCAGAAAACAAUAGUACGGAUUGGCUCUCUGGUUUGAAAUUUAUUCAGUUUCAGAAAAACCGAGCUCUUCAUUCAGGCAAAAAAAAGUAUUUAGUAUAAUUAAUUAAUAUAAAAUAGUUAAAUUUUUCAUUCAACCCGGCAUAAAUAUCUUAAUAUACCUAAUA